AGAGGGUGAAUUUGCCCCCUUUUAAUAGCCGGGAAAUUGGGAGAAGGGAAAAAGGUUUGCACGCAGGUUUGAACAAACGUAUAGGUGUGCAUAUGGUCCACCUGCAAAAGGGAGCCAGCACCUGUCACGCACACCAGCCAGGGCCAAUGGUUUACGGCAAGCGACCAAGUAGAUUCAAAGUGGGGGUUUAUCAGGGCUUUCGUUACCCCUUGGUACUAGUUUCAUUCGAACAAUCAUGCGGCUUACACGUUUUAUUCCAGCGCGUCGGUGAGGAUGUACGUACGUGGUGUAACGAAUUGUAAUCGGCGCGUUCUCCGAGCCCUUUAAACGUUUCCCUAUAAAUGCGUUUCACCAAACAGUUUUCCGCCUGCUUUUGUACGCGUCCGCUUUGAGAAUGAUCAGAGGCUCUUGGCGUUCGAUAUUUCCGCGAUGAAAAAUGGUGAAAAUGAAGCGAGAAUCGAUCGACAGUGAGGCACCGAAUAAUCGCGGUCCGUUAACAAUGAGGGAGAAUAAUGACGAUUACGGUGUCGAAGCGGAAUUGACCAGUCUCUCUUGGCUGCAAUCGCUGGACAUUACGAGUGCUUCGAAUUUGCCAACGCCACCCUGUUCUCCAUCUCCGCCGCCAGUAACGCGACAACCAAGAAAAAAGCUAUCACCCCUGAUCAAGGCCGAACUAGAUCUUGCGGCAAAUGCUGAAAAGUAUCGAAACGACCCCGACGCGAAACCCCCAUUUUCGUACGCCACGAUCAUUUGCCUGGCGAUGCGUGCGAAUAAUAACAAAGUGUCCCUUUCGAACAUUUACGCAUGGAUUCGAGAGAAUUUCUUAUUUUACAAAUACGCCGAUCCAGCCUGGCAGAACUCGAUUCGACACAACCUGUCGUUGAACAAGUGUUUCGUAAAGCUGCCGCGUUCAAAGGACGAGCCUGGCAAAGGGGGUUUCUGGAAGUUGGACUUGGAGCGGAUGGAAGAAGGUAGAAAAUCGAAACGACGCGCGACCAUGUCUCAGCGCGUCCGCGGAUCGAAGAAGUCAACGUCUCCGAAAACGAUGGUAACUAAUAACGUGCAGAGUAACGGUACACCGUCAAUUAACAGUCCGUCCACAUUGUACGAGACCCCGCCCAGUAGCGUGUCUCCGCCGAUUCCAGACUGUCUCUCAGAGAUUCCCGACUCGACCCAAGUUAGUUUAAGCGAGGACGAUCUGACUGGUUUAUUAAUCGCCACUGCUGGCUGGGAUGAGAACCAGCUGGAUCUGUUGGAUUCGCUUCUCGAUACUCUUUAAAACUUUUGUCUUUCUUAAAGUUAUUCUCAAUUUAUUGAACGGAUGAUAUUUAUAUAUAUACGAAAUUAGUCAUUUUCACUGUUGAGAUACUUGUUGAUAUAACGACAUGAUUUGUGCUUAUUACUUGACUGACAAAAGUUCGGCAAUACAUCGAUAAUUAUAUACAUAUACAUAGUAUACUGUGGUAAUACUUGUGACACAGUAAUUUGCAGUGUGCCUUCGAGUAAAGAAUAAAUAUUUGUAAUGUCGUACAGAUUUGUCAAGUCGAUUGAUUCGUGUAGAGUACGUCUCAUAUUUUUGCUUCAAAGUAAUGAAACACAAAGUGCCUUACAUAAUAUUGUUAGCGACAAAAUUAUAUUUUGAUUCUCGACUACUCUGGAAAAUGUAUUUUGCAUAUAUUCGCAAUCGAUUAACAAAAGUAAUACGAAGGAAGCAAUAAAAUUGUCAGCAAUUUACUGAUCGUAAUUAUAUGCAGGACUGAUGUGCAUACCGCGUAAACGCCUAAUACCAAAAGACUUUUUACAGUGAUAUCGACACGAUCACAGCCUUUCAAUUAAAUCGAAUAAUCAGUAUUUUCCAGAAAUUACUCUCUUAAUAAUAAUACAUCGAAUAUGAUGAAACUACGUGUAUAUGCAAUUCAGAUAUAGGUAUAUAUAUCAAAUAAAUUUCCGUCCAAAUAUUGUUUGCAAUUACAUGUUUUAUGAAAUAAAAUAUUUUUAUGCGCACGAUCUACGUCUUUUCAGUUUUGUUGAUUACGAAAGACGGUAUAUAUUAUUAAGUAUUAUUUAUAAUUUAAGUAAUAUUUACACUAACAAAGGUGUGCACAGGACAUAGUAAUUACAUUUACUAAUUAUGCACUCUUCGAAUAAAGCGAUCGUAACUCGUAAGAAUCACUUUGUAUGAAUUUCAAGUGAAAUGUAGGAAUACACCAGAAACAUAUGUUUAGCAGAGUACUUUGCAUAUGGAAUAUUUUACCAGUCAAGUGGUUAAAUAUAAAGAAUAGUCAAACUUUUAAUGUAGUCCGUCUUGAAUUAGUAAUGUGCUUCAACUAAUAUAUAAUUUGUAAAUAAAUUUACUUGAUUUGAAAUUGUU